CGCACUUCUUUGUGUCUCGGUUCGAAAAACUCGUACGUCUUAGAGCAGCAGUAGCCCGGAGCAUUGGUUCAAACCACUCGCACCCGAUCCCUCAGACUACACAGCCAUGCUGUCCAACACGAGACAGCUGGUACACUCGUUGGCCGUGGUCGUGCUUGUCCUUGGCUUUCUGGGCCAGGCAGUCACGGCUGCCAAGUCGGCGGGUUGUGGCAAGGCAGCUGGCAUUGCAUCCGGCACAUAUUCCGUCACCGUCAAUGGCAAAAGCCGCCAGUACAUCAUCCGUGUGCCUAAUGGCUACGACAGUAGCCGUGGCUAUAAGCUCAUCUUCGGGCUUCACUGGCUGAGCGGCACGAUGACGGACGUUGCUACAGGCCAGACUGUUCAGCGUGACGUCUGGGAUUGGUAUGGACUGCGCCGACUUGCCAACGAGGGGGCCAUCUUCAUCGCGCCGCAAGGUCUUAACAACGGAUGGGCCAACCAGGGCGGCGAGGACAUCACUUUCAUCGACACACUGGUUCAGACCGCGCAGGACAAGCUCUGCGUUGACACGACCCAGAUCUUUGCCACGGGUUUCAGCUACGGAGGCGCUAUGUCUUACUCGCUUGCUUGCUCACGACCCAAUGUCUUCCGAGCUGUCGCUGUCCUCUCGGGUGGCCUGCUGUCUGGCUGCAGCGGAGGCACCGGCCCAAUCGCCUAUCUCGGAAUCCACGGCCUCCGUGACAACGUGUUGAGCAUUUCCGGCGGUCGCCAACUUCGCGACAAGUUCGUGUCCAACAAUGGCUGCACGCCACAGAGUCCGCGCGAGCCCAGCCAGGGCUCGUAUACGCAUGUCUCGACCACGUACUCUGGCUGCAGGGCCGGCUAUCCAGUCCGCUGGGUCGCCUUCGAUGAGGGCCACAUUGCUGCCCCUCGCGACGGCGGGCCUGGCGACAGUGGCACCCAGGCCUUCAGCCCCGGGGAGACGUGGAACUUCUUCAACCAGUUUGCAAGUGGCGAGCAGCCGGGCACGACCAACCCUCCAACGACCCCGACGAGCACCACGUCCUCUCCACAGCCGACGGGCAACUGCGCUGCGUUGUACGGACAGUGUGGCGGCCAAGGCUGGCAAGGCCCGACCUGUUGCUCGCAGGGAACAUGCAAGGCAUCAAACCAGUGGUACUCCCAGUGCUUGUGAUCGCUAACAGGGCAGGAGCGCCUUGGGGAACCCGUAGGCAGGCUUGAAGGAGAUCACGGUGUCCCCCGACGACGGCCGAGUUGACCUAGAGCAAGCGAGGCAGCAAAUGCGG